CCGACACAUUUUUCUAAUGUAUUUUGCCAACUCAUUAACUGCAUAGAGCUAAGCCCCAACUGAGAGAUACAAAUCAUGUGAGCUAACAAUAAAGCAAAACCCGCAUCAAACCCUCUUCUCCUUUCUCUCUCCUCAACUUUCCCCUUCUCAUUCUUUCUUCUUUACAGAGAGAAAACAAUGUCAUCAAGCGCUUCGAGGUUCAUUAAAUGCGUCACCGUCGGCGACGGCGCCGUUGGCAAAACUUGCAUGCUCAUUUGCUACACAAGCAACAAGUUCCCAACUGAUUAUAUACCAACUGUGUUUGAUAACUUCAGUGCCAAUGUGGUUGUUGAAGGAACCACUGUGAAUUUGGGGCUUUGGGACACAGCUGGGCAAGAGGACUAUAAUAGGUUGAGGCCAUUGAGCUAUCGAGGUGCCGAUGUUUUCGUGCUGGCCUUCUCUUUGGUUAGCCGGGCGAGCUAUGAGAAUGUGCUUAAAAAGUGGAUUCCAGAGCUUCAGCAUUAUGCACCCAGAGUUCCUGUGGUGCUUGCGGGUACUAAAUUGGAUCUUCGUGAAGAUAAGCAUUAUUUGUCAGAUCAUCCUGGCUUGGUUCCUGUUACUACUGCACAGGGAGAAGAGCUCCGCAAGCAGAUCGGUGCUGCAUAUUACAUAGAAUGCAGUUCAAAAACUCAGCAGAAUGUUAAGGCAGUUUUUGAUGCUGCUAUCAAGGUAGUUAUUCAACCUCCAUCAAAGCAGAAGGAGAAGAAGAAAAAACCAAAACGUGGAUGUUCUAUGUUGAAUAUCCUCUGUGGGAGGAAACUUGUUUGCCUUAAAUGAAGGUUCGGCAGUUGCGGAAUUCCGCAUUGUAGAUUUCCCUUACAGCCUUUCAUGCUCGAUUAAUAGCCCAUAUUUCCUCAGGUUUGAGUUCAAGUGGCUUGGUUUUGUGUAUUAUGUUUUGAUGGCUGUUUUCCUUUAUAUUUGUUACAUUUGAAAAUGAAUGAAUCAGUUUGUCCAGGGGGAAAAGUACAGGCAGGGAUUGAUUAACUUGAUGAUUAAUCAGGGCAUACAACAUUUGUAAUAGUCAUCAUAUUUAACUUGGAUUUGUAAAGAAGUAAGUUAAUUAGAAGCCUCCUCAGCUUCAAAAUCCUGCUUAUCCUCGACAUGUACCAUUUUUCUGAUAUGAUUGUAUUAUUGUCUAUUAGUUCUCA